UGCACACGCGGGGCCUGGUUGCUGAGGCUGGCUUGUUCCCACAUCAAGCUCGGCUUUUGUUUUCUCCUCUCAGGACGACCUGUUGCGGGGAGGGGAGAGGGGUCGGGCUACAAAAGUCCGCUUCCAUGUCAACGGCAUCAGAGCCCGCGUCUUGCGCCCUCACCUCCUGCCUGUGGCGCCACCACAUCGUCUAGAUACAACAGGCGAUGAUCCCAGCGAUAAGGCACAGCUCCACUACUGUCUGAAGAACCUGCAGCCUGAGGACUUGACUACAAACAUUCAUCCCACUCACCUGCAGCUGUCAUGGCGUACGUCACUAGCUGCAGUGAAGCGUUCAACUCCUACCUGUCCACGUCGCCUCUCACCUUGAUGACGUCAUGUGACGUGCAGUCAGCCGCUGGAUGGCCUUGGUCGCCGGUGUCGCCGUCAUCGUGGACGCACGCCCCACAGUCGCCGCUAUCAUCGUCUCCUUCUUCAGCGUCGUCGUCAGUGUCUCCGGGUCCGACACCUGCACGUGCAUCCCAAGCGCCGUCGUUCCUCUUCAGCGUCAGCGUCAACGACCUGGCGAGAGGGAGCUGCAGAGAGAUGGACAGUCAUCAUCAGCAGCAGCAGUUUCACUACGCAGGCUGUGAAGACGACAACAACAACAACAGGACCACCUGCAGCGACACCAGCACUAUGGAUGCUGCGAGCCUUGACCACGCCUCGUCCUAUCUGGACAUCAGUCACAGUCGCGUGAAGGACUUGGGCGUCCUUGACAUUGACCCGUCAUUCCACGCGCUGCCACAGCCCCCGAGUUACGAGGAACACAUGCACAUGAGGGCGUGCGGCGCUGCUCACGCUUGUGACGACAUGGCCCCCGCCUCCCUGCUGUCUCACUGGUGUAGCUUGGGCAUGAGAGCCAGUCGACAGGACACACCGGAUAUGACGUCAGCACACUCUCACUACGCCAGCGAGCAUCGACGAGACAUGGACAGUGACGUCAAGCUUUAUCUGUCUGACGUCAUGGACCUUAUAGCCUCUGAUUCCUCUACACGUCACGGGGUUCAUGCUGAGGACCCGGACAAGGGAGAGGAGGCAGGACUGCGCCGCACCGCCGCCAUGUUGAUUAGCGGCGGAGGACAGCUGCAGUUGUGGCAGUUUCUGCUGGAGCUUCUGACGGACAGCAAGAACGAGAACUGCAUCCGGUGGGACGGUGGUGACGGACUUUUUACUCUCACAGACCCGGAUGAAGUAGCCAGGCGCUGGGGGGCGCGACGCAACAAACCGCGCAUGACGUACGACAAGGUCAGCCGCGCAUUACGCUACUAUUACGACCGACAGAUUCUAGAAAAGGUCAAAGGCAAACGCUACACGUAUCGCUUUAACUUCCACACUCUACGCAAACUCCAGUCAGCCAGUCAGCCAACCAGCCAGCCCUCGUCUGCCACGUCAGAGUUGUUGUUGCAAAGCAGCCAGUCCACCUCUACCGUUACUACGGACACAGUGAACACCGCAGCCAGUCCACCUCUACCGUUACUACGGACACAGUGAACACCGCAGCCAGUCCUAGCCUCCAAUGAUCACGGACACAGUGAACACAGUAAAGGCAGUGAACAAUGAACAAAGCUUGUGACAACAUACGAGCAGGUGGACCAUCUCCGGUUGUGUUCAGGUUGCAGGCGGUGUGGCAGUAGCUCCGUACAAUUUUCAUCUGUUGGAUGUCUGUGUUCACAUACACCUCGCUGUAACAUGUGGUGUUAAUGACGUACCCGGCAUGUAGUGUUACAGACAUUACUGUAAUCUGUUGUUAUAAACAUUACUGUGUAACAAGCAGUGUUAUACAGACAUUACUAUACACCUGUUGUAUUACUGUAUUAAUGUACACAUUACUAUGUGGCAUUACACAGACAUUACUGUAACCUGUUGUUAUAUAGAGACAUUACUGUGUAGCAAGCAGUGUUACAUCUUACUACAGCAUGCGUGUUUUUACAUUAUUGUUGCUGUAGCAUCUCAUACACUGGCUUGUCAGUGACUAAUACAACGACAUUUGAUAAACGGAGGUUACUAUAGCACUCAUUACAGUGACUAGUAACAGGACAGUGUCAGUAUUACACUUGCGCUGUUACAUUGUCCAAUCAUGUGAGGAGGGGGUCCAACUAACAACCACAUUGGUGAUUACAAACGCUCAUUACUGUUGGCAGUCACCUUGUCCACCCGAUGUCUGUAACAUUUUCCCAUCAGCCUACAAUAUUAGUAACACAGUCACACCCCAGCCUUUAUCCUCCUCAUAAAAUUUCAUUUUACUUUAAUCAGUACACACCAAGCUUAAUCAAGUCAUUGCCGCAUCCUAUGUAACUAUGGAGAUAUUAGUAAACCCAAUCACACCUUAACCUUUGUCCUCCUCAUUUGAUUUCCCUUUUAUUUAAUCAGUACACACCGAGCCUAAUCAAGUGAUUGCCACACCCUGUGUAACUACAUCAACCAAUCAACAUCAACCAAUGGCAGCAGGCCAUCCACCGCACGAGCCUCAAGUAAUCUACUCACAGACUCUACCCUUGUCUUCCCCAGAAGCUUUUCACUUACAUUUAAUGAAUUCACAAUGUGAAUCAUUACCUAGGCACUAGAAAAAGUCCCUGUCAUUUAAUCAGUUGACAGAAAUAUCAGCAGUCACUCACUGCCCUGUCAUCUACUCCACCUUUUCUUGUCUCUUCAGUCGUCCUGUCGGCCAUUUAACCACAGUCCUUUCGCCCCUUUAAAGAUGAUGAACCCUAACCCUUUGAAAUAUCAAUCACUCAUCGACCCAGUGGUGAGCAACGUGUUACAGGGGCAAAAACAAUUUGAAAGUUGAAUGUGAAUAUGAAUGUAACGCCAUCAAGGUGAACAGUUAAAUACUGGACAUCAAACGUUAUGUCAUGUGACCACCUUCGUCAUGCUAUCGAACAAAACGUAUGAGACACCAUGAAGGACAUGUUCCUACUUUAAUAGACAGCCCUCCCGCCUGACUUGUUUCUCUGUGCACUUUGUUAUUAUUUCCAACAUCCACUAGUCAUUACCUCCCACACAACGAAAUGGCCGUCGUGUCACACUUCAGACCAAAGAUAAUUGGAGCUCGCGUGACACUGCAGCACAAGAUAAUUAAGACAAAGCACAAAAUAUUUGCGUCCAUGUCUUGACUGAGUGCAAACCCGGGGUGGCGAGCUGGAGACUGGGUGUUUCCAUGCUUUGUCGUGGAGACAACAACUCAAACAAUGUUUCUUGAGGAGCUGUGCACUUGUUACACGCCGCACACGUCUUCCGGUUCUCUCAAGACGAGUAUUAUUGGUAUUAUUGGCUAGUCUGUUUGUAAAGCCUGUUUGAGCAUUUAUUGGUGUGUUGUUGUCGCUGAAUACUGUACAUAAUAUAUUGCAAAUGUUAAUCCUGGACCAAAGUUUUAUUAUUUUACGUAUUCUAAGGCAGUAUCGCACAUUUAUGCAGCAUAUAUAUAUAUUCAUUAUUGCCAUAGAAAUAUCUCGUUUUAUGUAUAUUUUCGAUACAAAAAGUUGUUUUAUUUUCUCUAUACAAAAGAUAUUGUGCCUUUAAAGACAUUUUGUACAUGACUUAUAUACAAAAGAUAUUGUCUAUACGGACAUUUUGUACAUGACUUAUAUACAAAAGAUAUAUUGUCUUCUAUACACAAGUACCACACAGAGGCGCUUUGUGCGUCUUUUAUUGAAGGGAACUGAGACAAAAUAAAAUGUUAAUCGUCUGUCUCAAAAACAAGUGUGAUUAAACUCUAA